AUGUGGGUGAGCUCGCCGGAUUUCAAGCAGGUCGGGCGUCGUGGUCGCUGCUGGUGGCGGAUUGAUGGCCGAGAAAAGAGGGGAAGUUCAAGUCCCCUAAACUUCCUCUACCUUCGCCUCCAAUCCCUAACCAUCGCCGCAACUUCUGUCGGCGCUCCACCGCCUUUGGCCGCAAACCCCAUAUCACCGAUCAAUGAAGCACAUCUCCUCCGAGUCUGUACAGUCCUCUACCAGCAGCAAAACGCCCCAAACACAAAGCUCCAUGCCAGCCUCACCAAAACGCGAUUCGAUCUCAGCCACGAGUUUUUCCUCCAAGUCUGCAACAAAUUCCCAUAUUCAUGGCAGCCCAUUUACAGAUUUCACUUAUUCUCUACAUCCCAACUCAAUUUCUCCCACACACCCACCACCUUCAACAAGAUCCUCGACGCUGUAAUCAAGAAACAUCGACCUUUUCUGGGAACUCUGCCGGGAAAUCGGACAACUCCGUCUAGUCAACCUAGGGAGCUGAAAAAAUGUGUCGAGUUUUUCCAUUUGAUGAAUGGGUUCGGGUAUGUGUAUAAAGUUGAGACCUUUAACAUAGUUGUUGAGUUUUUGUGUAAAAACAAACUUAUCUUGGAGGCUAAUCAUAUUGUGGUUAAGUUGAAAGAUUGGAUCAAGCCCGAUGUGACUACCUACAGAUGGUUGAUCUACGGUUUUUGCGAUGUGGGCAAUUUAAUCGAGGCCUCGAAGGUGUGGAAUUUAAUGGUGGACGAGGGUUUCAAGCCGGACGUGAACGCGAUUGAGGUCAUGUUGGAGACCCUUUUCAAGAAGAAUAAGUUCGACGAUGGCUUCAAGCUUUUCCACGAGACGCGUGGGAAAAGAAUAGAGUAUUUGGGCCUUUCGACUUACAAGCUCGUGAUCAAAUGGCUUUGCAAGAAAGCCAAAAUGGGAGAGGCACGCAUCAUGUUCGAUGAAAUGCGUAUGAGAGGGAUAAAUCCCGAUAACGAGAUAUUUGGGUCGAUUGUUUACGGGCUUUCGAGUCGAGGAAGGAUAAACGAGGCACGCAAAUUUUUAGAAGACGUUGAGAAUCCGGACAUAUCUUUGUACCACGGGAUGAUCAAGGGGCUCGUGAAGCUAAAAAAGGCGAGCGAGGCUACAGACAUUUUUCGGGAGAUGAUAAGAAAGGGGUGUGAGCCAACAAUGCAUACGUAUAUCAUGUUGUUGCAAGGGCAUUUAGGGAAGAGGGGAAGAACAGGGGAGGAUCCUUUGGUCAACUUCGAUACUAUCUUUGUGGGGGGUUUGGUUAAGGCCGGAAAGCCUUUGGAUGCGGGCAAGUACGUGGAGAGGGUGAUUGAUAGAGGGGUUGAAGUGUCGAGAUUCGAUUAUAAUAAAUUUUUGCAUUGUUUUUCAAACGAGGAAGGUGUGACCAUGUUUGAGUCCAUGGCUAGGAAGUUUAGGGAGGUGGGGUUGUUUGAUUUGGGUGAUAUUUUCGAGAGGUAUGGUUUAAAAAUGGCGACUAGAGAUCGGAGGAGAAGUAGAGGAGUCGAGCUGUUGGAAGAAGGUUCUUAA